UUGCGAUUGUGCAAUAACCAGAUCUCCGAAUUCCCGCACAUUGCGCUGUACAAUUUGAGCACGCUGGAGACUUUGGCUCUGUCACGCAAUCAGCUGAGUUCCAUUGACUUUUUCAAGUUAAGUGGCACUUUGAAUUUGCGGCAACUCAAUUUGCAUGAUAACAAAAUCACUUCGUUGAGUAACUUCAAUGCGGUUAACCUCACACAGUUGGAUAGCAUCGAUCUUAGCGGCAAUCUAUUGCUAUCACUGCCCGCGAAUUUUCUUCGUCAUUCGAUUAAUUUGCAACGCGUUGAUCUCUCGAGCAAUCGCUUCUUACAGCUGCCGAGCUCGGCGUUGUCAGACAUCUCGAUACCACGUCUAUCUUGGCUCAAUCUUACAGGAAACCCAAUAAACAAGAUUUACACGGUGAAGGAGGAGCGCUACCCAUAUCUCAAAGAGCUUUAUAUAUGCCAAACGAAUUUAUCUAUACUGACCUCGAAAGACUUUGAAGCUUUUCAGGCGUUACAGCAUCUACAUUUGGUCAAUAAUCGCAUUACGCGCAUUUCACCCGGCGCCUUUAAGUCGCUCAUAAAUCUGCUGACGUUGGACCUUAGCGUGAAUGAAUUGGAAAUGUUGCCAAAAGAACGUCUGCAGGGCUUGAGGCUGUUGCGCUUUCUGAAUAUUUCUCAUAAUACGCUGAAAGAUUUGGAAGAGUUUAGCAGUGAUUUAGCGCAGUUGCAGACAUUCGAUAUGUCCUUCAAUCAAUUGGAUCGUAUAUCGAAGAAGACUUUCCGCAACUUGCAUGGUUUGAUGGAACUUUAUCUGAUGGGUAAUCGCAUGACUGUUUUGUCGACUGAUGCUUUUCGCUUCCUGAGAAAACUGCAUGUACUCGAUUUGCGUAAGAACUACUUCGAGCUGGUGCCGAUUGAAGCGCUCAAACCACUGGAGACAAACAUAAAAACACUAAAGCUGGAAGCGGAAGUCUUCAAAUAUAAUAAGAUUAAUAUUUUCGAUAUGCGUGGUAAACGCCUGAAUGGCUCCGCCAACUCGGCCAAAUUAACAAAGCUGAAUGCCAACACACGUUACCACAUCUGCGUUAUUGGCACCGGUAAUUGGUUGUCCGAGCCUGUGGCGAAUGCCUUGCAAAGGAUACACUUUAACGACUCAUUUCUAAUGUUACGCGAUGAGGCAGCUUCGAGUGGCGGUAGCGUUGGCAGCGCUUUUAUUGCAAGUAAUCAGCAGCAACACUACUACCACGAUCAACAGCAACAGCAGCAGCAACAACAGCAGCAGCAGCAGCCAGCCGAAUAUUAUGAGCAAUAUUUUCAAACGUAUCAACAACAACACCACGACCACCAGCAAUUAUUCACGCAAGCUGAACCGCAACAACAACAGGCAUUAAUCGAAAACACCAUCGUCACGGACAAUGCACUGCGGGAUGUGUUGAAAAAUUCGCACAUCACCACUUGUACGGACGUACAAACACUCGAUUCGACACGCCUGGUCACCGACGAGAAUGGCCUCUCGAGCAACGGCUUCAUCCAUUCGAUACUGACACGACGCCUGGGCCUGAUUGUUGGCUGCUGCCUGGGCAUCAUUGUGUUUAUCGUCAUGAUUUCGGUAUUGAGUUAUGUGAAACUGAAGAAGCAGCGCAUCGAAAACGCCAAAAGACAGGCCGCCAUGCCACCCGAAUACAUUUCAUAUCGACACUUUUCCAUACCGAAUGAGGAACUGGUGCGCGCAUCCGUGGCCGGCGGCAUUACCACAACGAUUUCGAGCGUCCCAAGCGGCAUUAGUGCGCACAUCAGUGGCACUAGCCUCAGCACUAGCGCAGCCACAGCCACAACAGCGACUACGCCACUCGGUGGCAAUGGCAGCGAUAGUAAGGGUAGCGGCGGCACAACAGCUACAGUAACAUCCGCCACCAAUACGCUGAAGAAGAAAAGUGAGAUGAACGUAAGUACGCCUGUUGGUGUGGGGAUGAUCGUUGCCGAAGGCAAUGGCUUGGUGAAUUCGACCUCAGCCACCACAAAAGCAGCGGGCAAUGAUGUCGUCAGCGUAGCGGCAACGUUGACUCAAACAGCGACAACCGUAGAAGCAUCAGCGACAGCGAACAACCACAAUCACCAUGCGCAUCAUCAACAUCAGCCAUUGCGGCUCCUGCAACAGCGGCAGCAGCAACAGCAGCAGCAGCAGCAGCAUCAUGGCAAUCACCAUCAACAUGGUGGUGGCAAUGGCGGCGUAGGCUAUAUGUCGUCUGGUGUUGUUUUGGGCGCCAAUCACUUGAACGCUUGUUAGUUGCUGCGGCAUCGUGACUCACUCUAAUCGAUGAUUUUCCGAAACUUUCUUUAGGCGAUCAAUUUAUUUUUUAAGGUCUACUUAAAGCGUACAUAAUCGCAACUACAUACAUACUAUGUACAUGCAUAACUACAUAGUAGUUGUACGAGCAGAAAGAAACCUUAGGCUAAGUAAGUAAGUAUAACUGUAAACUGUAAAUAAGUAUAAGUAAUGUAGAGGGAAAUGUUGUUAAUGAAAAUGGCGCACCAACGGCGAUAUACAUACAUACGUAGUUGUUGAGAGGAUUUGGAUAGUCAGUAAAUGAUAUGCGCAGUGUGGUGCGGUGUACAUAUAAAUUUGUUUAAAUUGACUUGGUCUGUUGUAUUUAGCUUAGUUAAAAAUCUGUUAGGCAACUCGAUCUAAGUUUAGAUUUAUGUAAAAUAGAUAGGCUGAGAUUGAAACCCUUAUCUUUUGGCUAUAGUACAUUCAAGAGAUUUACCUUACACUCACACGAACGCACAACUACAUAAAUGUUGCUUAAAUAUUUAUGCAGAAUAAAAUAAUUCUCUAAGUAAAUUUUAUUAGCACAUAGUAUGUAAUAUAGGGUGAUCCAUUUGCAUUUUUAUUUUAAUUUUAAACAAAACACUUGAAACAGAAAUGUAUGCCGGAAUCUGUAUUACUACCCAAAAGAAUAG